AUGCCUGUCGGCAAAUCGCCACCGGCUUCUGCGAUUUUAGGCAGAGCCCAGACCUCGCCGGACACCGCUCCAGGCAGUUGUCCCCCGCUGGCGAAAAAUGCCUCUGGCGGCGACCGCCUCCAGUCGUACCGCUGCGGGAUAUGGCCCCUCGAUCCGGAAGACUCAUCUUCCCGACAAACGGCGACGAGUAUGUCCUCAAAGGCUCGAAGCUCCUGUCCGCCGAAUUCCCAGAAACAAACGAGCAGCCGCGCGGGGAACACAACCAUCCCGCAGACCAACGUGACGUUCCACAUUGACGCCAAUGGUAUCCCGAACGUAACAGAGGAGGACAAAACAACGGGCGUGAAGAAUAAGAUAACGAUCACGAACCACAAGGGAAGGCUGGGCAAGGAGGAUAUUGAAGGCAGUUGA